CCAAGCUGACUCCAAACAGAAAUCUUUGGGCGGCUGCAUUGAGAAAACGUUGGCCAGGGAAAUGUGUUGCUUCUCUCUCUGUCUCUGCCACGUCUUGAGCCUCUUUGAGCAGCAGAAUGUGCUUCAAAAUCUCAAAAGGUUGCAAUGGCAGAAUUCCUUUUGCAAAGUCAGAGACCUUCUUAACAGACGUUUUGGAACAGAUCUGUGACCGGAUGAAUGAUUAUCAACUCCAGGAUGACCCGGUGACUCAGAAAAAGAUAUUUAAGAGAUAUGCUCCCAGGAAGGACGAGCCGAUCUAUGCAGAAUAUAAAAAAUACUUCUUUUACUCUGAUGCUUAUAAGCCCUUGAAAUAUGCGUGUGAAACUAUCAUAGAACAGUAUGAAGAUGAAAUAUUCUCACUUAUCGCCCAGGAGGCAGACUUUCUGGCUGACAAGCUGUGCAUUGAAAAAUCAGGUCUUUGCGAAAAGCCCGAAAUGCACAGUGAACUUUAAAGAAACAGUAGUCUGCUAUUAUUACAGAUGAAGAGGAUCAAAUGAAAUAUCCCUUCAGGCUCUGCCUUCCAUUAACCUUUAUCUUUACUUGCUUUUUUAAAAACACCUCCUCGACUGACAUACAAUGCUGUCUGCACCAUUUGUUGAUGACAGUGGACUGGGAUUUUCAUAACUGGAAUGGGUUAGUGGCAAAUAUUCUUCAAAUUAGAAAGCCUUCCCAUUAGUUAUAUUUGUUUCUGAGCUACGCAGGAACUGUUUGCAGCUACUAGCAAAUAUAUUAAUCUGGCGAUAGAGCAUUUCUUAUUUCUUAACAAGCAUGGGAGGCAUGUUGAUUGAAUGCAUUACCUGCAUUCAGUGAUUCCUUCUCUUUGGCCAAUGGGUAGUUAAUGGAAACAAAAGAACUAACCUGCAACUCCAACCAUUAAGGGCCAAGUCAUAGGGGCCUACCAAUAUUGAUGUAGUGCCAUAUUUACUUGAGUAUAAGCUGACCCAAAUAUAAGUUGAGGCACCAAAUUGUACCACAAAAACUGGGAAAAUGUAUUGACUCAAGUAAAAGAUGAGGGUGGAAAAUGCCCGAGUAUAAGCCGACCCAAAUAUAAGUAGAGGCACCUAAUUCUACCACAAAAAAUCCUGGG